GGAAGCCAAGAUGGACGCUUCCAGUUGAGCUCCUUUCCUGAGCGGGGGAACCCUACGCCCGCCGUCCUCAGCUGCUGUUCGUUCUUCUUCAGCAGUGGGGAAAGGAGAGGGAAUGAAAAGUUGCAGCGGCGGAGGAGUCCCGGUGAACGACUCUGCUGUUGCCCUGGGGGCGCAGCCAGGGCUCGCUGCGCCUGACGCGUCCUGAGUUACUCAGCUGACCAGAGUGUGUUUGAAUUCAUACAGAAAUAAUGUUGAUAUCUGGAACCCAUGUCGAACUUCUAUGAAGAAAGGGCAACAAUGAUUGCAGCUGGGGAUUUGCAGGAAUUUGUUCCUUUUGGUCGAGACCACUGCAAGCAUCACCCUAAUGCUUUGAAUCUUCAGCUUCGUCAGCUUCAGCCAGCGUCUGAGUUAUGGUCUUCUGAUGGUGCUGCUGGCUUGGUGGGAUCUCUUCAGGAGGUUACAAUCCACGAGAAACAGAAGGAAAGCUGGCAGUUAAGAAAAGGUGGAAGCGAAAUUGGAGAAGUGGAUUAUGAUGAGGAACUCUAUGUGGCUGGAAAUAUGGUGAUCUGGAGCAAAGGAAGUAAAAGCCAGGCACUGGCUGUUUAUAAAGCCUUUACAGUUGAUAGUCCUGUUCAACAGGCAUUGUGGUGUGACUUCGUUAUAUCACAGGAUAAGUCUGAAAAAGCCUAUAGUACUGCUGAAGUAGAAAAGUGUAUGUGUAUACUGCAAAGCUCAUGUGUCAACGUGCACAGCAUAGAGGGAAAGGAUUACAUUGCUUCUUUACCUUUUCAGGUUGCAAAUGUUUGGCCCACCAAAUAUGGAUUACUAUUCGAACGAAGCAGUUCUUCACAUGAGCUACCUCCAGGUCCACCCAGAGAACCUUUACCCACUAUGUUCAGCAUGCUGCAUCCACUAGAUGAAAUAACCCCACUAGUUUGUAAAUCUGGAAGUCUUUUUGGUUCAUCACGGGUGCAAUAUGUUGUAGAUCAUGCGAUAAAGAUAGUUUUUCUCAACACUGAUCCCUCCAUUGUAAUGACCUAUGACACUGUUCAGAAUCUGCAUUCUGUGUGGGUUCUUCGGAGAGUCAAAGCAGAGGAAGAAAACGCCGUUUUAAAAUUCUCUGAACAAGGGGGAACCCCACAGAAUGUGGCCCCUAGUAGCUCCCUCACAGCACACCUGAGAAGCCUCUCUAAAGGAGACUCCCCCAUGGCCUCGCCUUUCCAGAAUUACUCCUCCAUCCACAGUCAGAGUCGUUCCACCUCCUCACCCAGUCUGCACUCUCGUUCUCCUUCUAUCUCCAACAUGGCAGCUUUAAGUCGUGCUCAUUCUCCUGCCUUAGGAGUGCACUCUUUUACGGGGGUGCAGAGGUUCAGCCUGUCGGGCCACAAUCAGUCUCCAAGGAGACACAGUAUUUCUCAUUCUCCAGAAAGUAAUUCGAAUAGCUCUUUACUUGCACCAGAAACAGAGCCCAUUGUUCCAGAACUUUGUAUUGACCAUUUAUGGACAGAAGCGAUUACUAAUAUAAGAGAGAAAAAUUCACAGGCCUCAAAAGUGUUCAUUACAUCUGACUUGUGUGGGCAGAAGUUCUUGUGCUUUUUGGUGGAGUCCCAGCUCCAGUUACGCUGUGUAAAAUUUCAAGAGAGUAAUGAUAAGACCCAGCUCAUCUUUGGUGCCAUCACCAACAUACAAGCAAAGGAUGCAGCACCAGUGGAGAAGAUAGACACUAUGCUGGUCCUGGAAAGCAGUGGAAACCUGGUGCUUUACACAGGAGUGGUUCGGGUGGGAAAGGUGUUCAUUCCUGGACUGCCAGCUCCUUCCCUGACAAUGUCCAACCCGAUGCCUCGGCCCAGCACUCCCCUCGACAGUGUUAGCACUCCUAUGCCUCUGAGUAAACUACUCGGAUCCUUGGAUGAGGUGGUUCUGUUGUCUCCAGUUCCAGAACUAAGGGAUUCUUCAAAACUUCAUGAUUCUCUCUAUAAUGAAGAUUGUACUUUCCAACAGCUUGGAACUUACAUUCAUUCUAUAAGAGACCCUGUCCGUAACAGAGUGACUCUAGAACUGAGUAAUGGCUCCAUGGUUAGGAUCACUCUUCCUGAAAUUGCCACCUCUGAAUUAGUACAAACAUGUUUGCAAGCAAUUAAGUUUAUCCUGCCAAAAGAAAUAGCUGUUCAGGUGCUUGUCAAGUGGUACAGUGUCCACAGUGCUCCAGGUGGACCGAGCUAUCAUUCAGAGUGGAAUUUAUUUGUGACUUGUCUCAUGAACUUGAUGGGUUAUAACACAGACCGCUUAGCAUGGACAAGAAAUUUUGACUUUGAAGGGUCACUUUCCCCAGUAAUUGCACCCAAAAAAGCAAGGCCUUCUGAGACGGGAUCUGAUGACGAUUGGGAAUAUUUACUGAAUUCAGACUACCAUCAGAAGGUUGAGUCUCACCUUUUAAGUAGAUCUUUAUGUCUGAGUCCUUUGGAAGCUUCUCAGAUGAAGGAUGAAGACUUGUCACAGAAUCUCAGCCUGGAUUCUUCUACACUCCUCUUCCCUCACAUACCUGCAAUUUUUUUUGUUCUUCACCUUGUCUAUGAGGAGCUUAAGUUGAAUACUCUGAUGGGGGAAGGAAUUUGUUCUCUUGUUGACCUUCUCGUUCAGUUGGCAAGGGACUUAAAAUUGGAGCCUUACUUAGAUCAUUACUACAGAGAUUACCCAGCGCUUGUGAGAACUACUGGACAGGUGUGCACAAUUGAUCAAGGUCAAACAGGGUUUAUGCAUCAUCCAUCAUUUUUUACUUCUGAGCCACCAAGUAUUUACCAGUGGGUGAGUUCUUGUCUGAAGGGUGAAGGAACGCCACCCUACCCUUACCUCCCUGGCAUCUGUGAAAGAAGCCGACUUGUAGUUUUGAGUAUCGCGCUCUAUAUUCUUGGUGAUGAAAGCUCUGUUUCUGAUGAAUCCUCACACUACUUAUCAAGAAUAACUCCAGGUUAUGUAUUGUUUUUUUACCAGGAAGACUAUCAAAAUAAAGUUUCAUUUUGUUACUUUGUAGCCCCCCAGAAGUCACAAGCAGAACAAGAGGAAAACAGGUUUAGUUUUAGUCAUUCUACAUCAGUCUCUAGUCUAGCUGAAAGAUUAGUAGUCUGGAUGGCCAAUGUAGGUUUCACUUUAAGAGACUUGGAAACUCUUCCCUUUGGAAUUGCUCUUCCCAUCAGAGAUGCAAUCUACCACUGUCGUGAGCAGCCUGCUGCAGACUGGCCAGAGGCUGUGUGUCUCUUGAUUGGACGUCAGGACCUGUCCAAGCAGGCCUGUGAAGGAAACUUACCCAAAGGGAAAUCCGUGCUCUCAUCAGAUGUUCCUUCAGGAACAGAGACUGAGGAGGAAGAUGACGGCAUGAACGACAUGAAUCAGGAGGUUAUGUCACUCAUAUGGAGUGAGGAUUUAAGGGUGCAGGAUGUGCGGAGGCUUCUUCAAAGCGCGCAUCCCGUCCGUGUCAACGUAGUGCAGUACCCAGAGCUCAGCGACCACGAGUUCAUUGAGGAAAAGGAAAACAGAUUGCUCCAGUUGUGCCAACGAACUAUGGCCCUUCCAGUAGGACGAGGGAUGUUUACCUUGUUUUCAUACCAUCCUGUUCCAACGGAACCAUUGCCUAUUCCUAAGUUGAAUUUGACAGGGCGUGCUCCUCCUCGGAACACAACAGUAGACCUUAACAGUGGAAAUAUUGAUGUGCCUCCCAACAUGACAAGCUGGGCCAGUUUUCAUAAUGGUGUGGCUGCUGGCCUGAAGAUAGCCCCGGCUUCUCAGAUCGACUCGGCCUGGAUUGUUUACAAUAAGCCCAAGCAUGCUGAGUUAGCCAAUGAGUAUGCUGGCUUCCUCAUGGCCCUUGGCCUGAAUGGGCACCUCACCAAGCUGGCCACUCUCAACAUCCAUGACUACUUGACUAAGGGUCAUGAAAUGACAAGCAUUGGACUACUCCUUGGUGUUUCUGCUGCUAAGCUGGGCACCAUGGAUAUGUCCAUUACUCGACUGCUCAGCAUCCACAUUCCUGCUCUCUUACCCCCAACAUCCACGGAGCUUGAUGUUCCUCACAAUGUCCAGGUGGCGGCAGUAGUUGGCAUUGGCCUUGUAUAUCAAGGAACAGCUCACAGGCAUACUGCGGAAGUCCUGUUGGCUGAAAUAGGACGGCCCCCUGGCCCCGAGAUGGAAUACUGCACUGACAGAGAGUCCUACUCUUUAGCUGCUGGCUUGGCCCUGGGCAUGGUCUGCUUGGGGCAUGGCAGUAAUUUGAUAGGUAUGUCUGAUCUCAAUGUGCCUGAGCAGCUUUAUCAGUACAUGGUUGGCGGUCAUAGGCGUUUUCAAGCAGGAAUGCACAGGGAAAAACACAAAUCUCCAAGUUAUCAAAUCAAAGAAGGAGAUACCAUAAACGUGGAUGUAACUUGUCCAGGUGCCACUCUUGCUUUGGCUAUGAUCUACUUAAAAACCAAUAACAGGUCCAUUGCUGAUUGGCUCCGAGCUCCUGACACAAUGUAUUUGCUGGACUUUGUAAAACCGGAGUUUCUCUUGCUUAGGACACUUGCUCGAUGCCUGAUUUUGUGGGAUGAUAUUUUACCAAAUUCCAAGUGGGUUGAUAGCAAUGUUCCUCAAAUUAUAAGAGAAAAUAGUAUCUCUCUCAGUGAAAUUGAAUUGCCUUGCUCAGAGGAUUUGAAUCUGGAAACCUUGUCGCAAGCACAUGUCUACAUAAUUGCGGGAGCCUGUUUGUCUCUGGGUUUUCGAUUUGCUGGCUCAGAAAAUUUAUCAGCGUUUAACUGCUUGCAUAAAUUUGCAAAAGAUUUUAUGACUUAUUUGUCUGCACCUAAUGCUUCUGUGACAGGUCCUUACAACCUGGAAACGUGCCUAAGUGUGGUGCUGCUGUCUCUGGCCAUGGUCAUGGCUGGCUCAGGGAAUCUAAAGGUUUUGCAGCUUUGUCGUUUCUUGCACAUGAAAACAGGUGGUGAAAUGAACUAUGGUUUCCACUUAGCCCAUCAUAUGGCACUUGGGAUUCUGUUUUUGGGAGGAGGAAGGUACUCUCUGAGCACCUCAAACUCCUCCAUCGCCGCUCUCCUCUGUGCCCUUUACCCGCACUUCCCGGCUCACAGCACUGACAACCGGUAUCAUCUCCAGGCUCUGCGGCACCUGUAUGUGCUGGCUGCGGAACCACGGCUGCUGGUGCCUGUGGAUGUGGACACAAAUACUCCCUGCUAUGCACUCUUAGAAGUUACAUAUAAGGGCACUCAGUGGUAUGAGCAAACCAAGGAAGAACUGAUGGCUCCCACCCUUCUUCCAGAGCUCCACCUUUUAAAGCAGAUUAAAGUUAAAGGCCCACGAUACUGGGAACUGCUCAUAGACUUAAGCAAGGGAACGCAGCACUUGAAGUCAAUCCUUUCCAAGGAUGGGGUGUUGUAUGUUAAGCUCAGAGCGGGCCAGCUCUCCUACAAGGAAGAUCCAAUGGGAUGGCAGAGCUUGUUGGCUCAGACUGUUGCUAACAGAAACUCUGAAGCUCGGGCUUUCAAGCCUGAAACAAUUUCAGCAUUCACUUCUGAUCCAGCACUUCUGUCAUUUGCUGAGUAUUUCUGCAAGCCCACUGUGAACAUGGGUCAGAAACAGGAAAUUCUGGAUCUCUUUUCUUCAGUACUCUACGAGUGCGUUACUCAGGAGACCCCGGAGAUGUUGCCUGCGUACAUAGCAAUGGAUCAGGCUGUGAGAAGACUGGGAAGAAGAGAAAUGUCUGAGACAUCUGAACUUUGGCAGAUUAAGUUGGUGUUAGAGUUUUUCAGCUCCAGAAGCCAUCAGGAGCGGAUGCAGAACUACCCAAAGCGGGGACUCUUUAUGAACUCUGAGUUUCUCCCUGUUGUAAAAUGCUCAAUUGAUAACACCCUGGAUCAGUGGCUACAAGCUGGGGGCGAUGUGUGCGUGCACGCCUAUCUCAGCGGGCAGCCCUGUGACGAGGCUCAGCUGGGCAUGCUGGCCUGCUUCCUCGUCUACCACUCCGUGCCGGCCCUGCAGCACCUGCCCUCGGUGGGACUGGAAGGGAGCACAAGCUUUGCUGAACUCCUCUUCAAAUUUAAACAGCUGAAAAUGCCGGUGCGAGCUUUGCUGAGAUUAGCUCCUUUGCUUCUUGGAAACCCACAGCCAAUGGUUAUGUGAUCAUGUCUGGUGAAAAACCUGCCCUGAAAUGUGAGCACAUAAAAACGUGACCAAACAACAGAGCUAAACAGACAUUUGUAAGUUUUAUAAUAUACUUAGGGGGAAGUGAGCUGCGCAGACUUCAAUGUAUUUUAAAACCUGAGUGUUUUAAAUAUUGCAGACUGUUGCUGUCAGCGUUAACACAUGAUCUAUAAAAGUGAGUUAAAGUUUACUUUUCUAAAUAAAGUUUUUUUGGUUUGUUUUCA